AUGGCGGUGGAUGAUAUGAUAAUAACAGGAAACAAUGAAGAUGAAGUUGCUAGGCUUCAAGAUGAGCUUUCCAUAAUAUUUGACAUCAAGAAGUUGGGAGAGCUACACCAUUUUCUUGGCUUGGAGGUGACAAACAUGAACAAAGGGAUCUUUGUCACUCAAGUAGGAUAUGCCAUGAAACUUGUUAACGGGUUUGGAUUGAAGCAAAUAAAAACAUAUUCUACUCCUCUUGAGAUAAGUACAAGGUUAAGGCGGGACAAAGGCUCACUUCUUGCAGAUCCCAAGCCUUUUCGAGCUUUUGUUGGAAGUUUUCUGUAUUUGACUAUUAUAGGUCGUACAUUGCUUUCUCAGUGGGAUAUGUGA